UUGUGAUAAAACCAUCUUCUCCUCAUCAAAUAGAAAGAAUAGAAGCCAAGUUAACACCAUCAAAAGAUUCAGAAAGAAAAGAAAAGAAGAGAGAGAGCUCACUUCUACAAUGGCAAAAAAGGCGAAGUUUGCUUUCUUCUCUUCCUCAUCUCCUAAGUCCCUUCCGUCUUCUCCUUCUUCAUUCACUUCUUUCCCAGCCUCUCCUCUGAGCCAGAACUUUACUCAAUCUUCCAUGGAGGAAGCAGUGGAGAGAGCAGAAGCCGUCAUCAGAAGAUGGGACCCAAACACUCCUUCCUUCACCAAGAUCGUCUCUCUGUUUAACCACAGCAGAAAAGAAGCCAAAGAGUUCAUCAUAUGCGUCCGAGACUUGCGCAAAGCGAUGCACUUUCUCGUCUCCCAAGAUUCUCAAUCCCCUAGGCUAGCUCUUGCGCAGACCCUGAUGCAAAUCGCCAUGACAAGGCUGGAGAAAGAGUUCUUCCAGAUACUAUCUUCAAACAGAGACAAGCUUGACCCUGAAUCAGUUUCAGGUCAUUCCUCAAUCUCCAGCAACUCCGAGUUUGAAGAUAUUAUGCAACGUGAUGAUGACGAUGAAGAUGAGAUCAGGAAAGCUGGUGAGUCUAUCACUCAAGUUGAGAAAGCUUCAGCUGUGGUGAUGUCUGACUUAAAGGCUAUAGCAGAGAGUAUGAUCAGUUGCGGAUACGGUAAAGAGUGCGUGAAGAUUUACAAAAGGAUCAGAAAAUCGAUAGUAGAUGAAGGGCUGAGCUUGCUUGGGAUAGAAAGCUACAAAGGCUCAAGAUUUUACAGAACGGAUUGGGCCACGCUCGAGCACAUGAUCAAGAGCUGGAUCAGAGCUGCAAAGAUUGGCGUUGCCACGCUCUUCCGUGGAGAGAAACUUCUCUGUGACCAUGUCUUCUCUGCUUCAAACUCAACGAGAGAGUCAUGCUUUUACGAGAUUGCAUACGAAGCAGCCACUAACCUUUUCAAGUUCCCUGAGUUUGUAGCCAAGGAGAAGAAGUCUCACGAGAGGAUCUUCUCGCUGAUGGAUCUCCAGGCUGCCAUCUAUGAUCUCUGGCAAGACAUAGAGAUGAUCUUCAACUUCGGUUCAGUAGCCGGUGUGAAGUCUCAGGCGCUCUCAUCUUUGCAAAAGCUAAAGGUUUCAAUCCACAGUGCUCUCGUUGAUUUUGAAUCAACCAUUCAGAAGGAUUCAACGAAAGCUCUUACACCUGGAGGAGGGGUUCAUAAGCUGACAAGAUCAACAAUGAGUUUCAUCUCUUCCCUUUCUAAACACAACCGUGUAUUGUCUGAAAUCCUUGCAGACCAUCCGCUCCAGAGAGACACACGGCUGCUCGAAUCUUACAUCAGAACUCCAGUCUCAGAAGAUGAAGAGCGCAAUCACACACUCUCGGUCCAUUUAGCUUGGCUCAUCCUCGUCUUGCUAUGCAAGCUAGACACAAAAGCAGAGCAUUACAAGGAUGUUUCACUAUCAUACCUCUUCCUUGCUAACAACCUUCACUUCAUCAUUGACACGGUUCGUUCAACUCACCUGAGGGAUCUCCUCGGAGAUGAUUGGCUCACUAAGCACAACGAUAAACUAAACGCUUACGCUGCGAACUACGAGAUUGCUGCAUGGUCCAAUGUAUACAUGUCUUUACCAGAGGAUCCCACAGACCUAUCACCAGAGGAGGCCAAAACAUAUUUCAGAAGGUUUCAUACGGCGUUUGAGGAAGCAUAUAUGAAACAAUCAUCACGAGUUGUAUCAGAUGCAAAGCUCAGGGACGGAUUGAAAGUCUCUAUAGCAAAGAAACUUGUACCUGAAUACAGAGAGUUUUACAGGAAGUACUUACCAAUGCUCGGCCAAGAGAGAAACAUCGAGAUGCUAGUGAGGUUCAAGCCAGAUAACUUGGAGAAUUACAUCUCUGAUCUGUUCCAUGGAACACCAAUACUUGCCUCAUCUUCUGUUUCUUCUUCAUCUUCGUCUUCUUCAUCCUGGAUGUCACUUGGGUGUGUUUCAGGCUGAGAGACUCUUUUCACUGCUACAGUCUGUCUGAAUAUUGUUUUCAUUGUGUGCAAUAGAAAAUGAAGAUAAAAACCAAAAUUGUUUACAUAUUUAAAAUAUUUAACCGAGUUUCUCAUCA